AUGGCAUUGCGUUUGCUACCAGCCGUCCCCUCCUCCCCUCCUGCCAAUUCCUCUCUUAUUUCUGUAAACCAGUAUGCAGUAACUUUUACCAACGACGCAGUUUGCAAAGCCUUUUGGGUAUUUAGCUUAUUUACCACAGGGACUUCAAUAUUCACCCUAUUACUUAUCGCGGUCCAUCGAUAUCAGAAGAUCUGUCGACCAUUUCAACCACAGAUGACCCACCGAAGGAAACAGCUUGGUUUGGUAGUAUGCAUUGUGGUAGCGAUGUUUACGUCCCUCCCAGCACUGGUUUUCUACGGAACCUCUCCUGUAAGCCACCCAAAAUACAACAUCACAGGAACGCGCUGUGCUAACAUUCGUGGUCCGUGGACAAAGGCAGUGGCUAUAUCAUACAAAGCGGCUAUAUUGCUCAUUGGCCUCGGAAUACUAGUUAGUCUGGUGGUUCUUUACUGUUUGAUAGGAAGAGCCGUCUUUCGGAGAAUCGAUUUCAAUAAAAAAAGACAAGAGCAAACAUCAAUUCCAAACGCACCGUCAUCUAUGACCUCGCGAGAUACUAUCGAAUAUGUCUCGGAAGAUAGGAAUAAACUUUCGCCAAGGACAACUACGAAGACAAAGAAGAUCCCUGGAUACCGAUUGUCAAUUAUGUUCAUGUUAAUUACAGGCGUAUUUGUUGUCUGUUUCAUUCCAAAACUUGCCAUGAUGGUGUUUGAAUCUAGACAAGAACAAUUCUGGUUUACACUUGAUAUCUCUGGCUACAAAGUAUUCCGGUUUUUAUAUACAAUGUACAUUAUAAACAGCAUUGCUAACCCUAUAAUAUAUGGAUUCCAUGACAGAAAGUUUAGACAAGAACUUGCAUCACUUUGUUGUAACCGUUGUAAUUGUAUCUCUUUGGCAUAUGGUAGGAGAUGAAAUGUCGAAAAAUGUGGAAAGAGGUGAAAUAUGAAACAAUAUAGGUGUAUUUUAUCCUGUAUAUAUCAAUGUAGGUAAGUUUUUAUGUAUUUUUUCACUAUGUAGUGUACAUAAGUGCAUGUUUGUGUAGUUAUCUCUUAAAUUGUAUUGUAGAUGUGCGUAGUUACGUUUUUAGGUCUGUGCUUGUAUCAUUGUAACCUGAAUUUCAUUUACAUAAGUCAUUUUAACCCAUUUUAUAACAUCAACUUAUUGCAUUUGUCUAUAUUACU